AGUUCCUGCUGGCACCCGGCUCGCUCCCGGAACAGGUCUGAAAAGGACCGCCGCUACGAGCCCGCUGAGCCAUCGGUGUGGCGCCGAGAGCCGCUGCUCGGGAUAUGCGACGGGAAGCCCCCGCCACAGCGCAGGCAGUGGCCGCGCCGCGCCGGGGAGAGCCGGGCAACAGCAGGUUGGCCCUGCAGCGGAAUCGUCCUUGACGGCGUCUUCACUCUGAGCUACGACUGCAUCCCAGUGGAAGCACUGCUCAGGGGAGCGCUCUGAGGUUUUCCUAAAGGGAAAUUCCAUGGGGACUGUACCUGACUCUCUGAGAUCAGCUAAAACUUCCCUGAUUGAAGCUUCUGGAAAAGAAGAGGAUCUAGGAGAGGUGCGGGCGGCCUCACCUCAGCCUCGACCAGCCCUCCUGUGUGAGAACACCAAUGGCCUUUCCAGCACUCCUGCAGAGCCAGCCCUCGGCCCCAGGACAGCAGCUGCGGCCCUGAUGCAGGCCGGUGAGCAUGAGACCACCCAGCCCGCCAUGUCUUCUCCUGGCGUAGUCCGUGAAGUGGGGAAAACAUCUCCCACACUCAACUCUCCUGGCGAUACCCAGCUGCCGGGGAGCAGGGAGCCCACAGCACCAGCCCCAUGUUCUGCAGCAGAAAAGGAUCUUACACACGCAACAUUUACCAUGCCAGCUAAUCAGCACACCCACCCGGCCAUCCCAGGCGACCAGCCCAAUGCCGGCCCCUACUCAGGACCUGAAGAUACCCUGGUGAAAUCACAGAGAACUUCAGAUGUAGAGCCACCCGAGAAGUCAAGUUGUCCUGUGGGGGACACCUGUGGUGGCAACAAAGAUCAAGUGUCCUGUGAUUUUCCAUCUCAAGAAACAACCCAGGGAAUGGUGCAAGCUGCAGGCACAGCAGCCAGAGUGUUCGGUAACACGUCCACUCCUGUAGGUGGACCUGAAGGGGAAAGGCAGCAAGCUGUUUGCAAUUCCCAGACAAGGUCCUGUGACUCUCCUGCGAGAGAUGAUGGAUGUUCCGGGAACAUACCACCGUCUGCCUCCACCUCAGACACCCAGGCUGUGACUUCAGGGACACCUCAACCAUCCCACCUCCCUAGCAAAGGGUCAAUGUUUCCUUCAGAUCUGGAGAAGGUGCCACCGCCAACACAUGCUCUGGUGUCAAGGUUCAAAGAAGCGGGCACGAUGACCAGCCAGGCUGAAAAGGAGAUCGAGGAAGCCCCCCCCAGGGCUCAGCAAGAUGCCGAGGUGCAGGCAGUGGCCAGUGUCGAGAGCAGAGCUGUGUCCACCAGCCCCAGCAUCCUCACUGCGUUCUUAAAGGAAGCCCCUGCUCAGGAGCAGUUCGAACCAGAGCAGCUGUGUGUCAUCUCCCAUGGCAGCGGCCACGUGAGCCAUACUUGGGAGCUGACUGACCACACCCAUGGGCCCUGGCAGGUGGCUCAGAGCCUGGGCAUCACGCCAGAGGUGCACAUCCAGGCGGCUACAGCAGUUUCUACAGCUUCCCAAGGGGAAAGGGAAUCAGUGAACCCACCAGGCGAAGUCCUUAUGACCCCAGCAGUCAACGUGGCAUCCAGUAACGCUCAGGAUACGUGUAAAGAAAAUGGGAGGUCAGCAGGAAAGACCCCAGCAAGGGAAGGGCUCUCCUCUAAGCAGCUUUCAGGUGCUAGUUCUACCUCCCUGAAAGCUGGCCCCAGUGACCAGACCUCUGUCAGCACAGGACGUCCAGCUGGAACAAGUCAUGGGUUAGGGACAUGUGAAAUGCAGCCAUCUGAGUUUGCUGUGGAAACCACAGAUGGCCACAGAGCAGACCCAGAUUACCAACUCUCCAACUCUUGUGGCCCCACCAGCAAAGCUGACCAGUCCGGGAGCUUAGAUCUCACCAACCAGGGGAAUGCAAGAGAGAGGAAGCGUGUGUCUCCUCACGUCGUGAAAGAGCAGGAAUCCCCUGGCAUCGAUAUUCUGGAUGCAAAGGGAAGGGCAGAGGCCAAAAGCCUACUUCUCAACCCGAAAUCUCAAGAAAGUGGAGGCACAGCAUCAGCUGCCAGUCCCACCCCCUCUCCAGUCAGAAAGAGUCAGGAGGGCACCGGUGAAGAAAACAGACAGACCAAGACAGCCACCAGCCUAAGCCUGCCCUCCGAUUCCCUGGGGGAGUCCAGUCCGGGUUCUGGCAAAAGGACCCCUUCUCGCUCGGUCAAAGCCAGCCCCCGCCGGGCCAGCCGGGUCAGCGAGUUCCUCAAGGAGCUGAACGUGACAGCAGCCGCCGCUCAGGUGGGACUCACUCCGGGAGAGAAGAAAAAGCAGCUCAGUGCUGAGUCCAAGCUCCAGUUGAAACAGUCCAAGCGUGUCAGGGAUGUCAUGUGGGACGAGCAGGGCAUGACCUGGGAGGUGUACGGCGCUUCCCUGGACCCGGAGUCCCUGGGCAUCGCCAUCCAGAACCACCUACAAAGACAAAUCAGGGAACACGAGAAAUUAAUCAAAGCUCAGAGCAGCCAGACCCGGAGAUCCAUCUCCUCAGAUACUUCUUCCAAUAAAAAGCUCAAAGGCAGGCAGCACAGUGUUUUCCAGUCCCUGCUGCAGAACUUUCGACGCCCCAACUGCUGCGUCCGCCCCGCCCCUUCCUCUGUGUUAGAUUGAAAAGGAAAACAGCUGCAGGGAGCCCUUGCAUGUGGUCUUCGUAGGUGUCCGUCUGUCAAAGCUUACUUGUUUUUUUCCUGAGAGACCAGGAAGAGAAAGCAAGUGUUAACUCCAGGAAAUUGCUGUGAAGGCUAGUGGGGUCCCUUGAUGGAGUCUUCAUUAAAAAAAAACACACACAUCAUUUCAAUUGGAAAGAAAGAAAACAAGCAAGCUUCACUGAAGGUUUACAACUGUAAUUAAGAGGAAAUAGAAUUCACUGUUUUUUUAAUAUGCUGUUGCUUACAGAACUAUCAUUAUCAUUAUAUAUGUAUCAUUUUGUAUAACUGCCUCAUUUUAUCACACUAGUAUUUCCAUUAAAAUCUCGGCUUUAUGUUAAAAAUAGCAAAAAUACUGUUAUACUUUUUGGUCCAUUGCAGUGAGAAUGCUGUUACCCCACAAAAUUUAAGUAGUUGAUAAGAACUAUCAUAUAAAAAAUUGAAACAAAUUUGACUCUUAGGCCAGAAGAUAUUAGGUAAAAACAUUUAAAUGCAUAAAAUACCAAAUAUGAAGUCAUAUUUGUAAACAUUUGCAGAUAACCCUUUUUAUAAACCUUGUUAUACCUGUUAAUAAAUAUAAGAAAGUUAUAUUAGGAAAAAAAAUUAGUGAAGCAUUUGACUAUGAAUAUUGCCCACAUAAAAAAUGAAUUUAUAUAUGCACCUUUUCCUGCCCUGAAGGCAAGUUUCAUCUCUGUGAUUGUGAUUAGACUAAAUUCAUAUUUCCUUACCCUAGAGAAAGUACAUGUGACUGAAUUCUUGGAGAGAGUCAUCAAGUUAUUGAUAAUACUCAAUUUUAUGUUGUGCAGGUGUUCUCCAAUGACAUUCUACUGAGAGCGUCACGGUUCGGGUAAGGAAUUAUAAAUAGCCAAUCACCAAACACUCUAUUUUUAGGUGUUAAAAGAAAAAGAAAAGAAAGCCUCCUGAAUAACAAAACAACACAUAUGAGACUCCUGUAAACAGAAUGGAGUUUGUGUUUUUGUUUGACUUGGUUCAGUAGCUUCUAGUAGAAAGUGUGGUCCACACCGAUUAGAAUGUGAGCUUCCUCGCUGUUCUUGUACGUAGACUAAUAUCAUCUUAUUGCUUGAAUCUAAUCUAUGAUAAAAUGGUAACCUCUGUAAGCCUAUUGAUUUCAAGAGAAAAACGUCAUAAAAUACCACCCUUCAAACCCAAUAAAAGAAGCCACCUUUACUGAAACACGUUUUUGAGCUUUGGGUGGGCUUGGUCCUUGAGAACAUAGGCACCUGUCUGAGCUGAGCCCUCACCUGUCUCCUUAAGAGGAGCGUAUUCCUAGGGCUUAUGAGUGUCCUGCAGGGCACUGGGCUGGAACGACCAAGAGGGGCUUGAGUUGGGGUGACGGACAAGAGGGGAGAGAGCGAGGGCCCAAAAGGGCUUCCCCUCCUGGACUCGUGGUAGGGAGGUUGCUGGUUUCCACCUCGCAUUUAGAGAGUCACUGUUGGUUGGAGGGGCGCUGGUUGCUUUCUCUAAUCUCAUUGCCCUCGAUGAGCCAGAAAAGAGUAUCUGGCUGUGUGUUCUCUCUCCAGAGAUUCAGAAAUGCCAUUUGGGCAGUAAAUUCACAGUUUUUCUUUUGGCUUUUUUGUUUUUUCAUUUUAAUUCUCUAUUGCAGAUUCUGAACAUUAUGGAGGGGAGGAAUCGUACCUAAACUUUAACACCACAAGCUACACUGGACAUAACCUAAGUUAGUAAAGAGCCAUUGAUUUCUUUCAAAGCCAUUGGACUGUCUGUGGCACCUGCAUACGUGGGCCACGGUCAGCACUCUCAGAGCAAGCAUGCUCUGAAUGGCAAGUACGCUUGUUAUACUUGGAACUUAGAAUGAGCAGUUUAGUAAAGCCCGUGUUUCCAUGUCUUACCGUCGGGCCUCCGUCAAGGAUGCUAUCUAACGCAGAAAUGACCAUCCAAUGAGCAAUCAAAUUAUUAUUAAUGAAUUUAGUCCAAAACGCUCCCCUUGGCCUUAAAUACCCAUUUGCGGUAGUGUCCGUGCCACUUCUGUAGGAAAUGCCUUUGCCACGAUGUAAUCUCCCUCCUGUCUCUCGCUCACUGGCUGUCUCCCUCCCACGCUGGCGUACGUGCUGUGUACACAUGGAGAACAUCCUGUGUACACAGUAGCAGCUGUCAGCGGUACCCACUCCAGACGGGUGAGCCCCAGGUAAUCCUCUGCUCUGAACUGGCUAGAACAGGCUGUUCCUGCAUGAAAAUGGGAAGAAAGGAAGAAUUCAGCGUCUGGUAAUAAUAUUUGUUGUCAUGAGUUGGGAGUAACCACGUGGUUUAUAAAUAGUGAAAGGAAGCAGAGGCCACUGAGCUGUGGGCCUCCGUUGCCCAUUAAAAAUAAAUAAAUUAAUGAAAUGAAAUAAGUUAAACCUGAAUUUGGUGUUCUAGUUUUGCCUCUCAAAUUAAAACUUAAUGCUCGAUGUAGUAACCUUAACUGGUUUUCUUUGAUACUGGAACUAACCUUUACUUUUACACCUUUAAUCUUUGAAUAUCCGUCUUUACAAAAGCUUCCUUCUCACUUACGGAAUCUUAUAGAAGGAACAGCUUUUAAGAACAGUCACAGAAAUAGCUCAUCAAAUGGAUAAAUAAGACAGGAGCCUAAUCAGGACGGCAGUGUUUUGCAUUACGAUACCCUGAGUACUCUCAUGAUAAAACCUUGAUGUGAAAAUGUUCCUUCACUUCGAUCUGUGACCCAGCGUACACAUUCGGGACAGCAUUGUCAUUCCUUAGGUUCAUCUAGCAACUGACGUUGCAAAACAAUAUUCUUGGCAGACUCUUUGAACUUGCUCUGCUGUUCCUUACCUGCAUGACACACACGGGGUUGAAAGCUGUUUGUUUUUGUCCUUGACUUCUUUUAGUUAUGUUUGGGUCCUUUUUAAUGCAUUUUAGUUGUUGAAAUAAGUGGAGGAAAUAUUAUAUUAAGUAGAUAUAUAUAUAUAUAAGAUUUUUUUAAACCAGUAGCAAAAGAGAAACAAGUUAGAACAUCUAAAUGUUUAAAAUGUGAAGAUGUGAUAUGGCUUACCCAGUGAACACUAGAAGUUUCAAUUUAAAUAUUGAUUUUUCUACUUUUUAUGACUACAAGAAAAAUGUGAUCACUUCGGCUGUCAUAUAUUUACCUUCAGUGCUUUUCUAAUGAUGUCUUUCUGGAUUCUUGGCCUUGAUGCCACAGACCAACUACUUCACAUACAGUGAAAUCCUAAUUAACCUUUGUGUCUUGGAUCAGUGGCAGAAGGUGAACGUUGUUUUAGAUCAAAGUUAACCAGAAACCUUUUUGUUUGCAUCCAAUAUGAAAUAUUUGUAAAAAAUAUUGCUGUGUUUUCCUACCAUAGCAAGUUCAGCUAUAUUGAGUAUUAUUUGAUUUUUGAUGAUUUUUGAAUCUUAAGAAUUGUCUAAUAUUUAUUAUUUCGGAUACCAUUAUUCUCCAUGUUAUAGGUUAAAUAUCAUAAAAUAAAUUGGACUGAAUAUGCAUGUGUAACAUAUACCCUAGAGGUUGAAUUUUGGAACCAAAUUCUUAAUAAGAGCUUGUCAUCUUCAAGUCGAAGGCAGAAGAGGAAAACGACUUUGGGUUGCAUCCCAGAAUUGUAAGGUUUUAUCAUUCCUAGCUGACUCUCCUCUUCUUCCUCUCAUCUCUGGGAGUUCCUAUCAUUCUGGGAAUACCUGUCGACACCACGUGAAGAAUAGACUAUGAUGUGACUUUACAGUUUGUUUACAGAGGACAUCUAUGAGUAUGCUGUUGAUGUAAAUUGGUUGGCCUUUGCUGUAUCCACUUCGUUACUGUUUUGCUGCCAAAAUGUGAGAAGCUGUCUUCUCUUCCUCCUACAUGUUGUGCAAGUGUUAAAAAAUGUAACUCACCACACCCCUUGUCUACUUUUUAAGACUCAGUAGAAAGAAAAACCAUACAUUAGGAUAAGGUUUGUAUAUGUGUUUUUACUGAAAAUUGGGCACCUGCAGCCUGGUGCAGGCCUCUACCUGUCUGACUUACCAAUCGUCUACAGUGCUGCCAUGGAGAUGACGCUGUUUACUCUCCAGCUUGGUCCUAAGUGGUAUUUGAGAAAUGAAGCCUGUGAAUUUCCCUUUGUGAUAAGAAUACAGUGAACUCAGCAGGAGCUUGGAUAAAUGAGCUGACCAUCUUGUCCCCACCCCCAUUUUGUCUCCAUAGUGAAUCAGAAGUCUUGCCCACAUCUGCCUCAGUGCUUGCUACUUUAUGUUCCUAUUUGAGGAUUUUGUUUUCUGUUAGCGACAUCCUUUGAAUCCACAUGUGGCCCUUUCGGUUGAAUCUGUCCCAGUGUGGGUCAGCUGCUACCACCUGGCAAAUAACAGGUGAUGUGCUGAAUCUCCUGUCCAUCCUUGUAACUGUAUCCUUCUUAACGAAAUUCUGCAGCCAGCUAAGUAAUUAUAAAUGGCAUCUGUGCAGACACUUGGGCUUACGGAUGUCAACGAGAUUUUAGACAUUUUUGCAAAUGAGAAAAAAGUCUUGUAAAUACUGAAAAAGAUUUCCGUGAACUUUAUCCUACUCUUGGGAGAAAAAAAAAUCUUGGCUACAGAAAUAAGAUCAAUUUGCUUUACAGUGACCAAGGACAUAGAUGAAGAUGGAUUGAAGUGGAAAACUCAUGUCUCACAAUCCGUGACAUCUGCCAGAGGUCAUUACAGCUACUUUUAACUGUGAACAUUCACCAGCUAAACUACUCACUUGCCACAACCAAAUAACCUCUCUCAAAGUAAAUCCAAUACAUCUGUAUACAUGUGUGGAUAGAAACAACAAAAAACCCUGAAAAAUUACUGUUGGCUAUUAGGUAAAUCAAAGUGAUGAUCAUUACAAGGGACAUUUAAAUAACCGUGGGCCUGGGGGCGAAAUGACUGUGGAGGCCAGAAUGAAGCACCAAGAUGUUAUUCACAAGUUUCGUGUGUGUGGUUUUUUUUUUUUUAAGACCCAGAUAUCUUGGAUACUCAUCAUGAGAAUAAAGACUGUUGAUAAUGAAAUUAAAGCCAAGCAAUAAUGUGCCAAAAAGAGGCAGUUAUACCAGCAAGUGCGUCUGUAAUGGGCACACCAUUAUAUAAUUAUGGUUUGCUCCAUAAAGACUGACUGUAACCCACAGGCUAAAAUAAGCAAAGGCAUACUUUCUGCUUUCUUGCUGGAAAAACUUGUUUAGGAGAGCCAUUGAGAGGUCCAGCUGUAGUGAGCAUUAGAUUUUAUGGUUAACGUCUCUGUUUUAACACUAGCCAAGACCAAAGGAGUCACCAAGUUAAAACUCAAGACAACACUGGAAACUUGGUUGAAAUGAAGGAUUAAAUGUAUGGUAAUUACUAUUCCUGGACACUCGCUUGUAGGAAAGCAAUUCAGGUAACUUUGUGUGGAGGAUUACCAACUUUGCGUGGAGGAUUACCAGCCUUAGCUAUGGAAAAAAAAAUAAGGGUUCUCAAAUGCAAAAUAACUAAAAUGUGAGUACUCAUCUCAAAGUGGGCCUCAAAUAAUGCCUUACUGAAAAUGAUGUUCUCAAUGGGUGUUUCUGAAAACCAAUUCUUCCUCAAGUAUCCUUUUGGGUUCAAGCUCAAAAUCGAUUGGCUGGAAUAAAAAUGACAUAUUUUACACUUCAAAAAAAGAUACUGAUGAUCGACCAGCAUGGGGAUAGUUAUGAUGAGAGAUACCCUAGGGAUUUCAGUGAGUUAAAGAGAACUCAGUGGGGGGUGAAACACUAACUUCUUUCUUGAACUCUUAAAAUGGGGGGAUGUCAUCUGCUUAUUUUGGGGUGAAAAUGAGAGCUUGCUUUUUGGAAUUGCUGCUAGUGUUACUCUUUGUUCCUUUAAAAAUUAAACUGUCUAUUCUUCGGCAGAACUUUUAAGCAGUUAAACAACAUUUUUCUGGUUCAUAUUGCUUUUAAUAUCAUGUAAAGAUUCUGUAUAGAGCAAACCAGAAAUGCGCGGAAGGGGCUUAUCCAUGUGUAUCCAUGUCUCUUAAUGAUUUCAGUAGUCUUAGCAUUUAUUUUAACCACAUCUUUGAGUAGAUUAUUCUUCAUUAAUGCUUUCUGGCGUGUCUUACAAUGAUGUUGGUCAUCGGGAGAUUACAGUAUUAAUAGUCAUGCUCCUCAAUCUCUAGCAGGGAGGAGAGCCUAAUUCUUGUGUUAAGGGCGUCUGGAAAUACCUUUUUCUGAGGUUGAGAGAGGUCAUCAGGGCCUGAAAACUCAAGAAGGAAAUACAGUAACAAUUACUAAAUUUCUAAAUGUAUUUAUCUCGCUGUACUAACGUGUGAACAAUAUGUCGUGCAUAACACUGUAGCUGGUCGUGGUAUGUCAGUACAUCCUGUAAGUGUGUAAUGUCUGUGAGUGGCUGGUUUUCUGUUUUUAUGUGUAGAAAAAAAUACCAUGCUGUAUCCCAUUUUAAGGCCAGGUUCUGUCAUCAGGAGGCUGCAUGUUCGAAAGUGAAUAAAACCAACAGACGUGUGUGUGCGUGUUCAGUAACAGAAUUUGUCCUUUCAUUUUCGAAGGUCAGAAAGGGCUGUUUUUUUUUUUAAGCAUCUCUGAGAGUAGAUCACAUAAUUAUCACAAAGGCUGAACACAUUAGUCAGUGCACGGGCAUGUUACUAAAUAUGCCAGGGCUAAUCCCCCACAUCCUUAGUCACAGGUAAGGUCAGUUCUUUGACCACUGGGUUGAUUUACAUUCCUCACACAUCUUCUCCGUGUUAAGUGUGUGACUAGGAUGUACAUACUAUGGGUGUGAUUGUGUACAUACCUUGUAUGAAUUAUCUAAAUCCUCAAAGCAGUUGCUGGAAAGAAAGAAAGAGUUGUUAGCCUCAGAAGGGCUAAUCAAUGUGUAUUUUCAUUUUCUACACAUAAAAAUGUAUACAUGACAUAACUGUAAAUAGCUUACCCACCUAUCCAUGCGCACAUAGAUGCAUUUUAUUCAUACUGGUAUAUUUAAAUAAAUCACAAAUUAAAACAACUAAUUGAAAGCGGCAUCCUUCCAUGACUGUUCUGUUAUAUGUAUAGUAAUAUCAGAUCAGAUGCUCCAUAUUCAAUGGUGUUACUCCCUGGUAGCAGAUUUGGUGCUUAGAAAGCCCAGCCCCACUGGACCAUGCAUAGCUAGUUGGUGUCUCACUGAGGCACGGACUGGUACCUGACCAUCUUCAAAGGCUUAAUGCUGUUCUUUUAGCACCUAAUUUUCUAUCUGGAAAUGACAAACACUGGGGAAAACCAAUUAUGUUUUAUAGACUCCAUUUGUACAUUUAUUAGUAUGUUUAUUUGCACAGGCUGAUAAAAGCCCUACAUUUUUUUUCAAAGACAUAGCUCUAAAUUUCAAAACAGUAUAUAGUCACUCAGAGUGAAACCUGAUUGCAGGAAUUCUUCUCUUGAGAUCAGCAAAACAAUGUUUAGCAACACCAAAGAGAAGUCAAAGAGGCAAACUUUUUUUAAAAUGACAGGCGACACUGGUAGAAGAAUAGGAUAAUAGCAAUUGGGAUUUCCUUAAGAUAGACUCAGAUAAACUACGAUGUUGACGCCAGGUGCUGCAGUGGGGACUAGAUAAGAUUAGAGUCAUUGGCCAGGGAAUGCUAACAUUGGGUACGUCAACUUACCACAAUUCCAAUCGGUGAGUUGACAUUGUUUUAGUUUCUCUCAUUUCUUUUAAAAGGAAAUACUCUAUUGGCGAUCAGAAAGUCUGUGAUAUGGUUCCUAGAACCUAAUGUGAUUUGACCUCAAUUCUUUGAUGCUGAAAAUUAUGUUGGCUGGAUAUUAGGUUGAAGAUAUGAAUGGAAAUACCAGAAUUGCCAAUUAAUAGAGAAUUCUGUGUGGCAAGGUACAAAUAUAACCACUUCUCAGUAGAAAGUUAGUAAUACCAUUUAAUACAUAUUCAUGUUUUAAAAACUGAAUGUGCCAUCUUUGUAUUUUAGAUAAAAAGAUUAACCAACCAUAAGAACACUACAAUUAUAACUAGAGCUAGCUGUGUUUUUUAACGACUAAAAACAAACUCUUUAUAAGAGCAGUACACAUGAAAUCUUGAUGUCAAUAUUUACUGUUGCUUAAAAGACAGAUUUAUGUAAUUAUUUUGAGAGAUGCAUAUUAAUUUAAAUGCCAUCCAGAAAAAUUAUAGAUGUCAAUGUAAGAAUCAUUUGUGUGUGUAAGUACUCAACAGAGAAAGAGCAAAACUGUAGUGUGAUGUUAAAUCACUGAAGAAAUGGUAGUAUUUAAAAUGAAAUUCCAUUUAUGAAUGUAUCAGUAUUAGAAUCUAAAGUUAUGUCUUUUCAUACUGUCUAUAUACAAAGGUCAUUAAAUGAUUUAUUUAAGAACGUCCUCAUCUUCCAGAAAUCGACCUGCCAAUAAAAUUUCAUUUCCUAGAAAAAGGAUGAACUAUUAAGAUUUAUAUGAGGACAGAUCAAGAUUUGGAAAUUAUGUACACUUCCAACCUCAUUGUGGAUUUGAUAUCUGAAUGGAUGAAUGAACGAAAUUCAACUGAUGAUCUAGUUUUACCCUUGAAAAACUUUCAAAUAUAAUUUUUUUUGCAUUUCACUUUCCAUAAUAAACGUGAUACAGAUGAAAA